AAAUGAGGAUAUCGAUAAUAUCGGCCACCGUAGAUUUGGACAGCAAAAAAAGGCUACGUUGGGAGUGCCAGUUAGCGUACUAGCUAGGUUGAAUCAAUCCUUACUUCAUGAUUGCCUUGCGUGACUGUAAUCAAAGAUUUAGUUAGCCAGAAACGAACCCAGCUGAGGAAAAUGAAGCUGAAAGAAAUUCAGAGGACUGCCCACCAGUCAUGGAGUCCUGCCUCUCACCAUCCCAUUUCUCUGGCCUUGGGCACGUCAGCACAACAGUUGGAUGCCUCAUUCAACACUACUGCUGCCCUAGAAAUAUUUGAGUUGGAUUUUGCAGACCCCUCUCUGGAAAUGAAACUCAAAGGUUCCCUUCCUUCAUCUAAUAGAUUACACAGUCUCAUCUGGGUGGAUUUUGAAACGGGAGAAGAUGGGACAGGAGGAAGGCUAAUUGGAGGCAGUGAAAAUGGCACAGUAACAGUUUACAGCCCGGGGGCCAUAGUAACCCCUGGAGCAGAAGCAGUGAUAGGACAGUCUGACAAGCACACUGGCCCCGUCAGAGCACUAGACUUCAACCCUUUUCAGAGUAACCUUCUUGCAUCGGGGGCAAAUGAUUCAGAGAUCUAUAUCUGGGACCUAAAUAACUUCAACAAUCCAAUGACACCGGGAACAAAGUCUCAGCUAUGUGAGCCUCCUGAAGAUGUCAGUGUUGUGUCCUGGAAUAGACAGGUUCAGCACAUCCUGGCCUCAGCCAACCCCAGUGGAAAAGCAGUUGUCUGGGACCUGAGGAAGAAUGAGCCUAUUAUCAAGAUCAGUGACCACAGUAACAGGAUGCACUGCUCAGGCAUGCUCUGGCACCCAGAGGUGGCCACACAGUUGGUUCUGGCCUCUGAGGACGACCGGCUGCCAGUCAUUCAGAUGUGGGACCUUCGCUUUGCCACAUCACCUCUCAAAGUCCUGGAGAACCACACAAGGGGAAUUCUCUCCAUAUCCUGGAGCCAAGCUGACCCAGAGCUGCUGCUCAGUAGCGCUAAAGACAACCGGAUCUUGUGCUGGAACCCUAACACUGGCGAAGUCAUUUAUGAGUUGCCCACAACCAACCAGUGGUGCUUUGACGUGCAGUGGUGCCCCAGGAACCCAGCCCUGCUGUCUGCAGCCUCCUUCGACGGCAGGAUCAGUGUCUACUCCGUGAUGGGAGGAAGCCUGGAAGCUCAGCAGCAGAGCACCGCCCAUAUGAUCUCGUCCUCAUUUGACACCAUGGAUCCCUUUGGGACCGGACAGGCUCUGCCCCCUCUGCAGGUCCCACAGCCUGCAACCCAGACCACCAUCGUUCCCCCGCUGAAGAAGCCCCCAAAGUGGGUGCGCAGGCCUGUGGGGGCUUCAUUUGCUUUUGGUGGGAAGCUCAUUACCUUCGACAGCGCCAAGCCUCCUCAGGUCCAGAGUCCUCAGGUCCUCCCCAGGCAGGUGUUCGUCAGCCAGGUCACCACGGAGACAGAGUUCCUGCAGCGCUCCCGGGAGCUCCAGAUGGCGCUGCAGUCUGGAUCCUUCUCCAGCUAUUGCCAGGCUAAGAUCCACAGCACCACCUCCGACUCUGAUAAAGACUUGUGGAAAUUCCUCCUGGUGAACUUCGAAGAUGAGGCACGGGUUAAGUUUCUGAGACUUUUGGGUUUCAGCAAAGAUGAGUUGGACAGAAAGAUUUCAACCUGCUUGGGAAAGAGCCUGCAGCCGAAUGGCCACGGUGUGGAUGCCAGUGACCUGGCUGAGAAGAUGCAGCAGCUCUCUGCGCAGAGGUCAGAUGAGACCAGUGGUGCUGGCAGUGGCAGCAUGACAUCCGGUUCAGCUUCCCCUUCUGACUUCUUCAGUCAGAUACCACAGAAGAAAACAGUCUUCCAAAUCCCUGUUUCAGCCGACACGGACGGGCUGAUCAGCCAGGCUCUUCUAGUGGGGAACUUUGCAGGAGCCGUUGAUCUGUGUCUUAACGACGGUCGCUAUGCAGAGGCCAUCCUGCUUGCCAUUAGUGGAGGAGAAGAUCUGCUCAAGAAAACCCAGCAGAGAUAUUUGGACAAGCAGAGGAGCAGUAUCUCAAUGCUGAUCUCGUCUGUGGUGACCCAGAACUGGGCUGACAUCGUCCAUAGCUGUGAUCUGGACAACUGGAAAGAGGCCCUUGCCGCUCUCCUAACCUACGCUCACCCGGAAGAGUUUGCCCAUCUGUGUGACACGCUUGGAGUACGUCUAGAAGCUCAGGGGACGGAGAAACACCGGCUGCAAGCCUGCCUGUGCUACAUCUGCUCUGGAAACAUUGAGAAGUUAGUGGAGUGCUGGGUCAUGCAGAGAGACUGCUCCUCUCCCCUCGUCUUGGAGGAUCUUGUGGAGAAGGUGAUGAUCCUGCGCAAGUCCAUCGAGCUCCUGCGGAAAGGCGAGGUAGCGGUGAAGAGCCUGGUCCUGGCCGACAAGCUCACUCAGUACGCCGGCCUCCUGGCCUCGCAAGGCAGCCUGGCCACCGCCAUGUCCUACCUCCCAGAGAGCCCCGACCAGGCAGGAAUCAUGAUGAUGAGAGAUAGGCUGUUCCAUGCCCAGGGCGAGGCGGCCGUUGGUCCCCGGCCGCCUGUCCCCUACAACAGAGUCAACAUGGGAGCGACCAAGCCUUCUGCUGCUUCCCCCCCGCAACCACAAGCACAGGAAGCCCCGAGCACGGGAGGCAGCCAGCCCCACAGUUCAAAUGUUUUCUCCCCGCAAGUUGCCGUGGCCAACACUGGGCUACCUCCCUCACAGAUGGGGUUGCCCCCCUCCUCUCAAGUCCUGCCCCCCGGUGGGCCCCGGUCGGGCCUGCGACCCGCCUACCCCCAGCAUCUUUCCACCGCUCCAGGCUUCCCUCCUCAACAGUCAUUCCAGCCACAGCCCAUGUCAAGCAGUGGACCCUCCAUCUUCUCCCCUUCAGGCCCUCAGAUGCCGGGGGCCAGCCUGUCCGGACCCCCUCUGCCCCAGCUAUCCUCCCCAGCCCCUGGGGGCCUCUCCACCAUGCCCCCCUCCUCGCUCCCUUCCAGACCCAUGCCACCUGGCCCCCAGCCUAGAGGCCAUGUGCCCAUGUUUCCGGGGGCCCCUCACAACCAGGCCCAUCCACCCCCAACCGGCAGCUUGUACCAGCCCAUGGGGCUAGGGUACCCCCCAGGUGGCCCCGGAACUCCAGCCACCAAGUCAUUCUCUGCCCCGUCGGUACCCCCUCCUCCCACAGGCUUCUUUCCUUGGCUGAAUUCCCAUUUUGACGAUGAAGGAUCUCAGGAUGGCUGGAAUGAUCCGCCUGCAGUCCGUGGUGCUCCAAGGAAGAAGAAGGUUCCUGAUAACUACACCCCUCCCGCUCCCAUCACAGCCCCUGUGAUGGGCUUCCCAAUGGAGGCCACCCAACCCCACGAGGGCCCCCAGGUCCCACCAGGAGCCCCCCAGGAGCCCAACGUGCAGCUUCUCCAACAGCUGCCAGCAGAGAGGGUUGAGCAAAGGGAGAUCCCGGCUGAGCACAUGGUUCUCAAAAGCACCUUUGACAGCCUUGUGCAACGCUGCCAACUAGCUGCUGGAGACCCACAAACGAAAAGAAAACUUGAAGACGCGUCCAAACGCCUUGGUUAUCUCUACGACAAACUAAGAGAACAAAUGCUCUCUCACAAUAUCCUUGGGGGGUUACACGAGAUUAGCCGCUGUGUGGCCAGCCAAAACUACCAGCGCGGCUUGGAGGUCCACACCCAAGUGGUCAGCAGCAGCAACUUCAGCGAUAUCUCCGCCUUCAUGCCCAUCCUCAAAGUGGUCAUGACCAUAGCCAUCAAGCUGGGGGUCUGACCCGAUGACAAACACAGCCCAACUUCAGUGUUAUGGAUCCUGUUAUAUAAAUAUAUAUUUAUUUCUUAUUCAGCCUAACUCCAUGCGCUUUGACAUUGACUAUAUAAGCGAUUUAGUGAUUGUUCACUGUUUAACUUAUGUCUGGGAAGGCUUCGGAUUGUCUUUUAGGAUGUCUUAUUAAAGUUCUAAUUCAAUGAUUGGGAGGGAGUGUAUCGUUUUUUCGAACACAUUUUUCCAUCUCUGCGGUACAAUAGAAAUGGCCUAAUAUGUCUAACUGAAGGUGCCAUUACCUGGGUUUUUGGGCCAAAUCACGGCUACUGAAUGUAUUUAAUUGAAUUGUGUCAAAUUGCUGGAUUUAUUUUAAUGAUCAAUCGUAAAUAGUGCUGCCGUUGACGAUUGAGCUAUUGUUUGAGUUCUAUUUGUUUUCUGUUUGUUUGCACCCUCUUUGGUGUGCGUGUUAGUGAAAUGAUUUUACACCUGUCAUUCAAUACUGAUAAAGAUGGGAAAUCCCCACAUGACUAAGGAUAAAUAAAAAUACAACACUUUUUGUAAUAAUCUCAACUAUUUGGGGGAUUGCAAAUUGUGUAUAAUUUUUGCUAGUUAUGUUGUUAUUCUGCACUCCCAGUUGUAUUGUUGAAUUUACAGCUAAAAUUCCAGAUUUUGUUAAAUUUACCACUCAUUAUCUCGUUUACUGUAGAAAUGUGAUUUGUGUUUCCACAAUUUGGCGUGUGAAUGUGUUCUCACCAAAGCUGGUUCCUCCUUUUUUGUUAACUUGUGAAAGUGUCCAGUAAUGAAAUGUUGUACUUCAUUUCAUAGUCUAGAUGAUUCUGUGCUACAAAUAUUCUCCAUGAUGAGUUCAAAAGUAAUACUUUUUGGUGGAGUAUGGAAUUGAGUUGUGAGAAAGUAUGUGGUCUUAAGCUUGUAUGAAUUCAUUUUUCUCUAGUGGGAGACCAGUCAAAUGUAGGCCAGUGGCUUACUGUGCUACUGCCCAGUGCAAGGAUGCAUCAUAUGGCAGCAGAAGGCAUUAAAGUGCCUCAGUAAUCACUUGUUGACAAAUAUUUAUACAAUCCUUGUUGCUUACAUUAUGAUUUACUGCUGUAUUGAAUUUUUCAAAUAAAACCUGUAUCAAGGCUUA